AUGUUGUUGCUCAGACGAGGAACACAGAAACAAAGGAAACAUUACCAUAUAGUGGUAAAACUUACACAAAACCAACGAUGGCUCACCUCUAAGAGGUUCCUAAUAGAAAAUUACGGCGUAAGUGUCCACAACUCGAGUGCCCAUCACGACUAUUACAGUGCAUGGAGAUAUGUCACGAAGUCGGAUAAAGAUUUUGUUCAAAGUGAAAACCACCCCCGUGUACAAGAGGCUCCUAAACCAAAAACGACUAAUGUGAGCCGGGCCAGAUGCACCAAGAGGAAAGUGAAACGUCCAGCUCGAUAUUCUAGUGCCCAGGACACCUUGCUCGAAGAUGAAGACGAAGAAGGAGAGAGGCCAACCGCCAGGAAACACAAAAAAGGCAUUCGAGGUGUCGCAGAUCAUGGUAGAGGGGAACAUUAA